AUGGUGGCCACUGCCGCUGUGCGCGGCACACUGUCGCCUCCGGGGGCCGGUGAAGCUGAUAUUGAGGACAGCAAUGUCUCCAGCCCUCUUAGCGAGGUUGAAGACGGUGAUGCCAACGACGACGAUAUCGAGCACAUGCAGAUUGACGGCCGGGUGAACGACGCCGACAAUUCCAGUGCUAGUGGGGAGGACCAGCCCGACGAGGACAACAAGAGUGACGGCUCCGACUCCGACACCGACAGCGCUCUAUCCGACGCCGGUUCUGACGACAAUUCGGAGGCCAAUGAUACCGAGGCCGAGACAGAGAGGCUCUACGACACACCGCGAAACCAACGACAGCGAGACGUCGUAGUUGAUCAAUACAACCAAGGUCAGGUUUUCGAACAUACUCCUAGCAAACUACGAAGCGCCUCGAGGUUGAUUGGCGGCGAUGACAACAACCGCGAUGACGAAUCUUUGUCAGGUGAUGAUGCUUCAGUAGCCUCCGGCGACGAUUCUCCUACCAAACCCGCUGCUAGCAAGGACACUAGCGUCGAUGGAGAAGGGAAACAAGACUCCCAAGAAAGAAAAAGAAAGCGAUCCCCAAUGGCGGAUCAGUCCGAAUCAGAUCAGCCUCUCCGAAAGCGGAUUACUUCUGUCGGGGCAGCCGACACCGGUGCGGACGCCGAAACCCCAAUGGACGACGACACAACGCCAGCCAUUCUCCGAAGCGGGGAUCAGUCUGCUGGGGAAGAAGACGACGCUUCUGCGGUCAACCAAGAGGUGGCAACUGACGGUGAGCGACCGGGUAAGGAAGCUCGAGCCUCUAAGAAGAUCACCCGGAACGUGUUGAAGAGAAAGGCUGGAUCUGGUGACAAUUCCCCCAGCGAAACACCUGGACCCGACAACAAUGGCGAACAAAUAGACACUGCGGAGGAAGAGGAAGAUGCAGAGCAACGGAAUGAAGACAUUGAAGGCGAGGCGGACGAAGCUGACGCAGCAGCCAAGAGCAUUGAAGAGGCCGAGAAAAAGAACGCUGCUUUCAAGGACUGGACUCACAUCGAAGAAAUGUUUGGUCUAUUUAGAGACAGACUAUACAAAGACCGACUGCAACGGCUUGAAGAGGAGGAGCAAUCAUUGCUGGCAGCGGUUCCGACUCACCCGGAGUACCUUAAUAUGAAGCAGUGCUUAGAUGACCGAUAUGACAAGAAGGUACGAGAGAUCAAUCAUGAACUUGUCUUUCGAGUUGAGGCACACGAACGACGCGCUGUGGCAAUACGAGCCCAAGUUUGGAGUCAAUUCUUUCAGGCAGUUCGUGAAAAACGUGAAGCAGCAUUGGAGUCGCUCAACCGCCAAUGGUACGAGAUCCAGACAGCGAGGAGAACGGCACAUAGUCUCCCUGACUACGGACUGCUCUUCCCCAAGGACCAAGUGCAACGAGUACGAAAUGCUAUUGCGUACAACACAGAGGUCUCAACUCUCGCUGGGCUUGCAAAAUAUGAAGGCUUCCCUGCAGGUCCCGAACUGAAAGGAGCCUCGACGGCGGAAGCUGAAGCUGAUUUUGGUGCUAUCGAGCAAGUCCGACGAAACCGGCAGAAAAACAUGGCGCCGCUACGGGACGACUACCCGAACCAAACAUUUCGGCUAGGUCCGGUGGGAGAACAGUUCAUCAAGGACACACCAUGGGCGAACCCGAACCACUCCUCGCACAAAACGCAUCCACAACCGGUAGCAGAUAAUGUACAAGCUGCCAGCGGGUCAACAGGUCGACCAAAUCAACUAGCCCCUCACGCAACAGUUGCGCCUUCGAAUACGAAAACUACAAUUGAUAGCCAGACGCCGAUACAUUAA